AUGCUCCAAUUCGCCAAAUUAGAGACUACAUCAAAAUGUCCCAUCAAACAAUAUAAGAGUGGAAAAUAUAUCACCGGUAAUAAUUUGCUUAUUAAUGAAAACUUAUUUGACCGACUGAAAAGCUUGGAAAGUUUGGCGAAAGACUGUCAAGUUCACGUAAAUGUCAAAGGUAGUUAUUACCAGUUGGCGUAUCCUUCACAACAGGUAACCUCUAGUGAUGUCGAUUUGGUUGCUGGUCAUGGUUUUAAAUUUGAACUACUCGAUACUGACGACAGAAUGUUGUGUAAUAGUAUUUGUCUUGGAAAAAGUCCAAAGGAUUUUUCCGAGGUCAGAUGUUUUUUGAACGGAGCUGCCAGUCGUGGUUGGGUAUGGGGCUCAUCUUCAUAUCCCACUGUUUUGAGCGAUGGAUUCUACGCUUCGAGUCUCCUCAACUACAACGUAGCUAAAAUUCGAGUUCAAACUGAUUGUCAAAAUUCAAAACUUAAACGACAGUUAUUAAGAGCAUUAAGAAAAUUGGAUGAAGAAGAACAAGAAUCCGAUGAAAAAAAAUAG